AUGGUUAGUGACACUCUGUCGACAGAGGAGAUCGUUCAGUGUACCAGAAAAGCUCAGAUUGAUGGCACUCUGGCCGGGAUCGCGUCUGGCUUGGCAACCACGGCUAUCAGCACUCGAUUCAUCAAGCUACAACCCAAGAUUUAUUCGCUAAUAGGACUGAGCAGUGGGAUCUUGGUGGCUUAUUAUUAUUCAACUGCUGCGCUGGAAAAGAACCUGAAAACGAAAGAAUAUCAUAAGCGAAUGCUGAUAUCUUCGGAGUUGGAAGCUUUCAAAGAUGAACUACCGCUUAAAAACUGA